UUGUGACAAGUAUGAAGUGUUUUUAAACUUAAAGCUAAUGGUUUAGUCAUUUUAUAUUCUUCUGUAUUUGGGAUGUCUGCUGUUCGGGCUAUUAUUUCCUAAUCUUCUUUUUUAAAAAACGAUAUAAGUACUUCAGUUAAUCUGCUGUGAUAUCUUAAUAUACUAAGUUAGGGUUUCGUCUACAAACGAAAUGGAGGAUCACAGAAGUGUUGAAGACACUCCAGUGUCUCAAAGGCUGACAAAUGACGACUUCAGGAAAUUGCUAAUGACCCCUCGGUCAACACCAGCCGGAGGUGCCCACCCUGCUGGUUCUGUAAGGGAAGCCAUGGCUAAUUCGGGGUCUAUGCCACCACCAGCUGAAAACAAAGGUGAACUUCGUCGUAAAAAGAAAUCCUAUUAUGCUGCCUUAAAAAAACAAGAAGACAAUAAGCUUGCUGAGCUUGCUGAAAAAUAUAGAGACAGGGCACGAGAAAGAAGAGAUGGAGUCAAUGAUAUUUGUGCGGUUGAUCCUACAAGUAACACCAGUAGUGCAUACAGAGCUGUUGCACCUGAUGUUAAAUCUGGGAUGGAUGCAAAAGAAAGGAGACGACAGAUGAUUCAGGAAUCUAAAUAUCUCGGUGGUGACAUGGAGCACACUCACUUGGUUAAAGGUCUCGACUAUGCUCUUUUGCAAAAAGUACGUUCAGAAAUUCAAACUCGAGAACAAGAAGAAGAGGCAGAAAUGGAACGACUUGUAUCAGCUCCGAUAGAACCAAUACAGGAGACCAAAGAAAUAUUACCGGUGGAGGAAGAGGUACAAUAUGAAUCGCCUAUGGCCAGAAAUAUUCAUAAUCUGAUCACGGAACAAAAGAACAAGAAGGUGGUGCGCAACGAGCUGUUCGCGGCGGGCCGCAUGGCGUACGUGGUGGAGCUGGACGAGGAGGGCGGCGCCGACAGCGACAUCCCCACCACGCUGACGCGCAGCAAGGCCGACGUGCCCGACAGCGACCGGCGCAGCUCGCCCGGCGCCGCCGACGUCGUGCUGGACAAGCUGGCGCAGAUCUUCGCCUACCUGCGCCACGGCCGCCACCGCAAGCUGCGGAAGGCCAAGGAUAAGGCGACGGAAAAGUGUCGUAACGACGAUUCUAUAUACGGCGACAUUGGAGAUUACGUCGCUGGCGAUCGCCGAGGCGAGCGGCGAGACGAACGCCCUCGGACCUACUUUGAUAAGCCACUUGAAACUGAAAAAGAAGAAGGCCCCGGGCCGCUGGCGCGCCGGGCGCCGCCCGCCAACCCCGAGGAGCGCGACAAGCGCUCGGCCGCGCUGCUGUCGCGGCUGGCGGCGGAGCCCGAGGGCUACGCGGAGUGCUACCCGGGGCUCCGCGAGAUGGACGACGCCAUCGACGACUCGGACGACGAGGUCGACUACACCAAGAUGGACGCCGGCAACAAGAAGGGCCCCAUCGGUCGCUGGGACUUCGAUACCCAGGAGGAGUACUCGGCGUAUAUGAGCAGCAAGGAGGCUCUGCCGAAGGCCGCCUUCCAGUACGGCGUGAAGACGCAGGACGGACGAAAGACCAGGAAGACCAAAGAUAAGAGUGAAAAGGCGGAACUCGAUCGGGAGUGGCAACAGAUUCAAAAUAUAAUACAAAAACGUAAGGCUCCACAGUACACUGGCGACGAAACUGGUUUCUCCAAGACUCCAAAAUAUUAAUGUUUUGUAAUUUUUCUUGUCAUAUAUACAUACGGACGUUUGUGCUUUAACAGUAGGUAAUAUUAUACUUAUGUAUAUUUUAAAUUUGUAUUUUACGCAAUAUUAUGUAAAUAGGGUGAGCAAAAUAAAUUUAUAUAAAACUUUA